CACAAGCCAUUGCGAUGAACUCUGACCUACAGUACGUUGACCUCUAACCUCCACCUGGAUCCCGGAAGUGUCGUCUGCAACAAACGUGUGGCAAAGUGGAAAGUCCACCUCAGUCUUUUGUUUGAGGCGCAUCUACAAAGCUGCAAAGGUCACAACUGAUCUUUGGACCACCGCAAACUAUUGACGUCUGAGAGGCGGACUUUUCCCUUUGACGACAGUGUGAACAACUGCCCCUCCCCUUUCUAGUUUUUCCUUUGGUUGGGUUCACAGCUUUCGCAUCCUUCACCAUGCCUAUCAUAACAGCUCUGAAGGCGUACGACCUUCGCUUCCCGACUUCCCUGGAGGCCCAUGGCUCGGACGCCAUGCACACCGACCCCGACUACUCCUGUGGGUACGUGGUCAUCACCACGGACGCCGGGGACGGGCUCGAAGGCCACGGGCUCACAUUCACCUGCGGCCGGGGCACUGAGGUAGUGGUGGUCGCCAUCCAGUCCCUCUCAUUCCUCCUCAUCGGGAAGAAGCUGGAGGAUAUCUAUGGGGACUUCUCCGGGUUCUGGCGCGCCCUGACCAGCGAGAGUCAGAUGCGGUGGAUCGGGCCGGAGAAGGGAGUGAUCCACCUUGCCACGGCGGCCAUAGUGAACGCGCUGUGGGACCUGUGGGCGAAAAGAGAAGGCAAGCCUCUGUGGAAGCUCCUAGUCGACAUGGAGCCAGAGAAGCUGGUAUCGUGCAUCGACUUCCGUUACAUCAGUGACGUCCUGACUACGGAAGAAGCUGUUGAAAUGCUGAAGAAAAAGCAGGAAGGUAAAGCAGACAGAGAGAAGGAGAUGUUGGAGAAGGGGUACCCAGCAUACAUCACCUCAGCUGGCUGGCUGGGGUACAGUGAGGAUGAGAUCCGCAGGAGGUGUCGGGAAGGACUGGCGCAGGGAUGGACCCGAUUUAAGGUUAAGGUAGGUGCGGACCUUGCUGAUGACGUUCGGCGGUGUGGGCUGAUCCGUGAGGAGAUCGGCUGGGACAACAUCAUGAUGGUGGAUGCCAACCAGCGCUGGGACGUUCAGGAGAGUAUCGACCACAUGAAGCGACUCGCUGAGUUCAAGCCUCUGUGGAUCGAAGAGCCCACCUCUCCCGACGACGCUCUUGGCCACGCGACCAUCGCGAAAGCGCUCAACCCCCUGGGGAUUGGCGUAGCCACUGGCGAGCAGUGUCAGAACCGCGUCAUCUUCAAGCAGCUCCUACAAGCAGGCGGGCUCCAGUUCUGUCAGAUCGACAGCUGUCGGAUGGGUGGUGUGAACGAGGUGGUGUCCGUUAUUCUGAUGGCUGCGAAGUUCGGCAUCCCGGUCUGUCCGCACGCCGGUGGGGUGGGUCUAUGCCAGAUGGUGCAGCAUCUCGCGGUCUUCGACUACAUCUCGGUUUCCGGCUCCCUGGAAAACCGCGUGUGCGAGUUCGCCGACCACCUCCACGAGAAUUUCAAGGAGGCUAUCGUUAUCAAGAACGCCAGCUACGUCCUACCGAAAGCUGCGGGAUACUCUACCGAGAUGAAGCCAGAGUCUAUCCGUGAUUAUCAGUACCCAAAUGGGGCCACAUGGCAGCAGCUGUUUAAGGAGGGCAAGUUUACUGCACCUUAGAGGGCAACUCUCAACUUGGCAUUUCUGUGGAUUUGAUUCUCUCUGAUUAUAGUUCGAUAAAGAUGCAAACAUUCCCAGACUCUAAUGUCAAGUCAGAACUGCUCUAUGAAUCAAAGGCAAUUUGAUGAUCAAGGGAAACUUCCAAUGCAAUGACAUAAUAGAACAAUUUACAGCAAUGGCGUGACAACAGUAAUUUUGUUUUUGGAGAAUUUACAAUUUUGUGCCUUAAAUGAGUACUAGUGCAUGUUUAUUGACAUUGUCUUGGAAAAUUUUCUUGAUAAUUGAAUUUCUGCAGUGUUUCUCUACAAUAAAUUUGACAAUAUAAAACUUUGGAUAUCUGACAAAUAUGGGUAGAGCAUACGAAUCAACGAUCAUCCCCAUACAACUACACGUACUUUACACCAUGAGACUGUGGAAUAUUCUAACAAUUGCUAGAGGAUUCAGUAGACAAUCACACUCUUCAGAAAGAAAACAACAUAAACUGAUGAGUCUGGCCAGUUCUUUAUUAUUAAUGGUUGUACAAAUAAUGUUAACCCUUGGCAUGAUACCAGCAAAUGUACACCUCCCACUUGGUACUGAUUCUCAGGUAACUCAGUAUGUGUAAGGUUAAGAUGACAUCAUUGCAAAUCAGGAAAAUAAACAAAAGGAAUGUAAA